AUGUUACCAACACGGUUUAAUUCACAUUUUAAUAUCGAACAAUUUAUUCUACUUUAUUCAUUAAAAUUAACCGGCUUGACAUCAGAUGAUUUAGAACAAAUUCUUUCGAAAAUAUCAAAAUUAGAACACUUGGCAAUAUUGGAUAUUAACGCAUUGACGCCAAAAAACAUGCAUAUUAAAAAUAUAUGUGAUAAAAUACUAACAGAUAAACUGAAAUCGUUGAAGAAAUGUUCACUGGCAUUUUAUCAUCCAUUGAAGCUUAAUGAACUAACGCCGAAAAGUAAUAUUGAAACGUUACGGAUGAGUCAACUGAAUUCGAUAAAUGAUUUAAUUCGUUUAUUCCAUCACAUUCCAAAAAUUAGAACAUUAGACAUUGUAUUAUCUUAUGAUAAACGAUUCCAAACGGUCCUAUUUACAAACGAAAACAACCUUCAGUUAUUAGUUCCAAAUUUAACAAUAUUUCGAAUUUCUGUUGGACAAACACCAUAUACACAGGUCGAAUCACUAUUGAAAAGUCUGCCACAAUUAAAAGUGCAUGAACAUGUACAAAGAAGUCAAUACAGAGGUGCAACCGAUAUCGGUAUAUCGGUAUCGGUACGAAUUAUAACGCCGACCGGUAUACCGGCAUUAGCAAAAUAUGAUCAAGAUAAGCCGGUAUCGAUCGGUACCACGGUACCAAUGCCGGUUCGGUACCGGUACGAAAAACAAAUUGUAUUUGACUAUCAAGAUGGUAUAUUGGAAGUCUAUACACGUCCAUAUUUUGAAAUGAUAUUUAAUACACAUCUAUACAAUGUUAAACUGAAAUCAACAGGCGAACAGUUAGAUCAAAAAAUAUAUGAGAACGUUCAAGAAUUAUAUUUGGUUUUAACCACAAAGAAAGAGAAAGAUCAAAUCACAAAACGACAAUUUGUCAAUGUAAAUUCAUUAGUCGUAUCGUUUUUAUUAGAAAAUAUAUCGUGUUUAACAUUCGUAGAUGAUCUAGCACAGUUGAUCACAUUAUCAAAUUUGAGUUCACUAUCGUUCGAUGGUAAUCAUAUUCAUUCAAAAUAUUUAUUAGUUCAAUUAUUGGAUGAAGCACCCAAUAUUACAUCUCUAACACUCGAUUAUGAUCUCUUGACUGAGCUAAUAUUUGAUGAUAUUGAUAAAAUGAAAACAUUUUGCUAUGAUAACAUUCAAACAUUAAUCAUUCAUUCAAUCUGGCAUAUUUCACAUGAAGUUAUAAUUAAAGUUUUAAAUUUAUUCUUAAAUGUCACUUAUUUAUCAUUGGAUAUAGAAAGUAGUAUAAUAUCGAGACUACGACAAACUCAUAGUGUUAAACGCACACGGUUAUCAUCUUCUGACGAAGAUAAUCCAAUUUAUGAUUUUCUAAUUAUAUUAUUGAAAAAUCGAAAUCAGAAGUUAAAUCAGUUACAUUUUCAUUUAAAAAAUCAUAGAUUUUUUGAAUUUCUACAACUUAGUGGACGUUUACGACGUUAUAUGAACGAGACUAGGUUAGAUGCUGAUUUAGAAUCUACGCCUAAUAACGAAUAUUUACACAUUUGGUUCCGAUAG